GCGAUCAAGAGAGACUAAGGCAGACAUGUGAGAGGGGAGAGUAUCCUAUAAAACAAUUCAAUCUAAGAUCUCUGCUUCCUCCCUCUCAUAGAUAUAUAUUUUGCAUCUUUACUCAUUGUUCCUCUAUAUAUAUAAAUAUACAAAUCGAUCGAGCAAGCUCAAUACGAAACAAAAGAUGCUAACCAAAGCAUAGAAGAAGAUAUGGUGUCCAGGGAACAAAAGAGAGCUUCUUUGCAAGAGAAGUUUCAAUUGCUUCGUUCAGUCACUAAUUCUCAUGCUGAAAACGAUACGUCGAUCAUAAUGGAUGCAUCAAAAUAUAUCCAAAAGCUUAAACAGAAAGUGGAAAGAUUCAAUGAAGACCCUACUGCAGAGCAAUCUUCAAGCGAGCCCACGGAUCCAACGACACCAAUGGUAACAGUGGAAACCCUAGAAAAGGGUUUUAUGAUAAACAUAUUCUCAGGGAAGAAUCAGCCAGGGAUGCUUGUUUCGGUAUUAGAAGCCUUUGAGGAUAUUGGGCUUAACCUUCUUGAAGCUAGGGUUUCAUGUACUGACUCCUUUAGCUUGCAUGCCAUGGGGCUCGAGAAUGAAGAAGGAGAAAACAUGGAUGCUGAAGCAGUGAAACAGGCAGUGACAGAUGCAAUGAGGAGUUGGAGUGAAAGCAAUGAUCCACAGAUCUAGAUUCUAGAUUGACCCACUUUUUAUUUUUUCCUUUUCCUUUAUUUAUUUCUCUUAUUAUACAAAUAUAAUAACACAAUUUCUAUAGUAUUCCUGCUUUUUUCUUUUUUCUUUUUUUUCUUCUUGUAUGUCCAUCUUGUAGACCAAAAUCUUCCCCUAAAAAAAGGGAUAAUGAAGAAAAAAUCAAUGCUAUGUAAUAUGUUAUAUAUA